UGCAUAAAUAUUAAUUAGAAGUAGAAGUGGGUUGCUGAUGAGGAGAACCGAAUCGAAAACUUAACCGGCCUUUGCAAAUUUAAUGCGACAUGUGAUGUUUAGUGGCGACAUGCACAACUGAGCAAAGUUUUGAUCACCGCAGUUUGCCUCGAAUGAGGCCUACAAAGGGAAGUAUCAUGUUGAUUUUGCAUAAUGGCAUCUUCGGUUCGCGAGGAGGGUGCAGCUCGUCUCAGCUGUGCAUCUAAACCAUGAUCAUCCGAAGUAGGAUGAGUCUCGAGAUAGGUUUUGGGGACGAUUUCGUCACUUCCAUGUUAAUAAGUGCAAUAUCACUUGUGUAAAUAGUCGUUUCCCUAUUCACGAUGUUUCGAAGUAAAUCUAAGAAACGCUCUCAGUCACAGACCAGCUCCUCAGCUGAACAUAGCCCGGAGGAACGGACGAAUGACCAACACGGCCCCGAAAAGACAAACAGCCGAAGCCCAAGUCAUGGGUCGGGCAGUAAGUUAUUUAGUGGCUCUCUUCCGAAGAAUAUCUUCUCGAGAAGCAGGAGAAGUUCUGGUGGAUCCAAAGAUGACAAAAAAUCACAAGGGAACCAAAGUUCUAAUAGUGCAAUCAAUCUCCCUAAUGACACAAUGCAGUCUUUCACAGCAGGGUACCCGAGCAUGAAUCAUGGUUCAAGCUACAGCAUGAUAGAUGGCAUCGGUAGUGCUAACACUAUGCCAUCACCUGGUUCAUCCAAAAGUCCAUACAGUAGUCCUACAAACAGUAAUACAAACAGUCUCAAUGUACGAGCUUUAAAAGAUCGUUACGAAAGAGACCACCAGCAUGGAUUGUUCAUGGGUGAGCGGUCAUUGGAACGGAACUUAGAUAGGUUACAACUCUCCGCACGUGGAGAUUUAAGUAUCAGUCCAGCAGCAAGUCCGAGAUCUUCGUUAGGUUUCUCUGCUAAUAACAAAUGUGAUAGGUCAAUAGAUAGGGAAUAUCCUCAUAUGGGUGCGAGGUCACUGGAACGUUCUGAACAACCAUUUGUAAGAUCAAGAUCGUCAGAAAGACCAGACUAUACGACACAAUUGUUUAAUUCUCAGGAAAUGAAACAUUAUCGUGACCAAGAUAUGAGAAGUUUUAGGGAUACAUUGAUAUUAGACUUUCAAGCCCAAAUAGCCGAUUUGAAUAAAGAAUGUGCCAAAAUGCAACAAGAGUUAGAUUCUACAAAGGAUAAACUUAGUUCAAGUAUGAAUAGUAUCAAAACAUUUUGGAGUCCAGAAUUGAAGAAGGAGCGGGCAUUACGGAAAGAAGAAAGUGCCAAAUAUUGCUUGUUGAAUGAACAACUGAAGGUAGCACAAGCAGAAUUUAAGAAACAAUCAUCAACCAUCAAGGAUUUGGAGUCAAAGCUGUUCGGGUGUGAAGAUGUCGAUGUUAGCCGUCAAAUAUCACAACAGGAAAUUGAAAUUCUACAACGGGAAAAAGACAAACAGUCCAAAGAAAUAGUGAUCCUGAAAAAGACAGUGGAGGAAAUGGAGAUUCGAAUUGAAACACAAAAGCAGACAUUAUCUGCAAGAGACGAGAGUAUAAAAAAAUUGUUAGAAAUGUUACAAAGCAAGGGAUUGUCUAGUUCCGCGCAAAAGAUAGAAGCGGAAAGAAAAGAAAUGGAAAAAUUACAAACAAAAGCCAUCGAAGGUGAAAGGAAGGUUCGACAACUGCAAACAACACUUAGUCAUAGAGAAAGAGAUCUUACUGAGACAAAAGAGGAGAACAGUCGUCUGAGUGAUGAGUUAGAACAAAUAAAGGUUCAAUUGAAACAGCAGCCUGCCAGCACACAUACUAUGCAAGCUAUGCUGGAGGCCAAGGACGGUAGGAUUUUGGCAUUAGAAAGGGAAGUCCAGGGUCUGGAAGAUAAACUGAUGAGACUUCAGGAGGAGGGAACAGGGACAACUGAGAGCCAGAAAAAGGAUGGAAGUCUGAAAGAUUCCUUGUCCAGUAAGGAAAAAUCUCUGAGGAAUGAGAUUGAACAUCUAAAGAAGGACUUGGCUAAUAAGGAUACAGAGAUACUGGGACUGAAAUUAAAGGUAGAGGCUUCGAAGAAUCAGAACACAGAACAAGUUCAGUAUGUGGAUCUGCUCAAGGACCAGAUCAGCGCCAAGGAGAAACAUGUCGGCAUGCUGCAGGCAGAUAUCGAGGACCUCCGGGAGCGAUUGAAGGACAAAGACUCCACGAUCGAUAGAAAGGCAAAGCAUUCCCACAACCUGCAGACAGAGAAGAGGAAGAUCGAGGGAGAGAUUGGCGAGCUGAAAGACCAGAUUGAGAUAAAGGAUAGAAAGAUCAACGUACUACAGCGCAAAAUCGAGGGGGCAGAGGAAUCUAUAGACAACAAAGACGAUGAGAUCCAACGUCUCAAGUCUGUGGCCGCAGCUGCCACUGUCGCCAUGGAUUCCUUCUCAUCUGAUAGUGCCAUCUCCUCCAUGGAAGAGUCAUUGAACGAUAAAGACAGACAGAUAGAAAAAUUAAAGGACCUACGUGAGAGAACUGACCUGGAGCACCAAGAAGAAUGUGAUAUGUACAUCAAAACCAACCAGAAUCUCAAGGCACGACUGGACGACCUACAGCUAGAACUAACUGAUAAACAGACUGAGCUGUUUGAGCUGCGGGAGCAGGCCACCGUGGCCAGCGAAGAGAAAUUCCAGUUGGAGAACAAAGUGAGACAACUAGAUCAUGACUUACAAGCCAAGGAGGAUCGUCAAAAAGAGCUGAAUACACAGCUGGACGAGCUUAAGAAAGGAGUUCCCGAAACAAAAAAUCUGGAAUCUUUUGAGAGGCAAGUGACUGAAAUGACAUCCCAGUUAGAACAAGCUCGUAACGAGGUGAACAAGGCACAUGCAGAAGCAGAUCGUCUCCAGGGUAUCGUCAAGGAAGCGGAGGCUGAAAAGUCGGAUAAGGAUGCACAGAUCACUGAACUACAGGACAUCAUCAAGGAGUACAAACAGAAGGUGGGCACACUGAAGAGGAACAAGCAGGCUGAGAAGAAGAAGAGUGCUCAUCUGUUGGAGGAGGCACGGAAGAGGGAAGGAGACCUCAGUGAUGACGCUACACAGCUACAGGACAAGCUGAUAUCACAGGCAGAUAGAAUCGAGGAACUGGAGGAAGCAUUGAAGGAGAGUGUGAAGAUCACGGCUGAAAGGGAGAUGGCGAUGGUUGAGGUUCAGGCCCAGCUGGACGAGACAAGAGAUAAGGUUUCUGAGGUGACACUAGAGCUCAACAGACAGAAGUCCCUUGAACAGUCAGAGAAGCUGGUUCUACUGAACAAGCAGCUUGAGGAGAAAGACCACAAGCUCAAACGUCUAAUGUCCGAACGUCACAAGCAUCUAGAGGAGGUGUAUGAAAUGAAACAAGAGGCCAUUCAGGCUGCUAUCAGUGAAAAGGAUGCCAAUAUCGCUCUAUUGGAAAUGACAAGUACAAAAAAGCAGAGAAAUAAUGAAGAAAUAGAUAAAUUAAAUAAAGAAAAGGAAAAACUUCAGAAUCAACUUAAGGAAGUGACACAAAAUCGUAUGAAGUUAAUCCAUAGACAGGAAAAGAAGGCUCAUCGGCGACGGGGCUCUACUCCUGACAAAUCUGAACCCUACAUGUCGCGAGGCUCGACCCCUGACAAGUCGGAUCCCUACGUGUUGACUGCUCCGGAAUCUCUUGACCCUGACCUUUCAGCUCCCUCUACCACCACUGCAGAUGCUUCAUGAGUCAUCUCCCUUUGAUGAAAUCUCAAGUUGUUUAAAUAUAUAUAUGUAUACAUUUAUAUAUAAUAUAUCCCUUUUAUGCAACCAAAUGAAUAUUCCUAUAAACAUGUAUAAAAAACUAUACUUAGUCUUUGUGCCAAGAAGCUUAGAAUCUGCCUGGAUUAUGUACUCUUUUCCAAAUACAUGGAAUGAUAUAUCUCACUUAUUGCUUACAAGGUCAGUCUUUACAUUAUCUGUAGAAAAGACAGUAUGCGAUUUAGGGCACUUAUUGUAAUAAAUUGUUAACGUCGAUACAUUUCAAUUGUGAGUGGCUAUAUACUAAAUAGCUCAAAAGAUACUAUAUACCAUUAUACGGUGUACCUGUAUAUGCUGAUAUAGAUACAUAUGUACUAUGGUCUUAAAAGUUGGGUACAGUCUUAUCCAAAAAUGAUUUUUCUCGUCAAAUGAUUGAUAUGUUUGAAUAUUCUUCUAUCUAUCUGGUUGUUGACAACUACAAACAUCUAGGAUUUGUAGACGGUCAGCCUGAGGGGAGUUUCUCACUAUUUGGAGACAGCGAGUCUGAGCUGAGCUUGUGUCCGACUCUGUAGAAAGCAAACCUAAGCUGAGCUUGUGACUGUGUAGACAAUGUGCCUGAGCAGAGCUUGUUUCUGUGUGCAGACAGCAAGCCUGAGCUGAGCUUAUGUUAGACCUGUAUAAAGGCAGGGAAGCCUGUGCAGAGCUUGUAUCAGACAAGUACGUAGACAACACAUCUGAGCGGAGUCUGAGUCUGAGCAGAGCUUGUGUCAGACCUGUAUAUAGGCAGCCAGCCUAAGCAGAGCUUGUGUUAGACCUGUUAUGUAGACAGCAAGUCUGAGAGGAGCUUGUGUCAGACCUGUUAUGUAGACAGACAGUCUGAGAGGAGCUUAUGUCAGACCUGUUAUGUAGAAAGCCAGCCUAAGCAGAGCUUGUGUUAGACCUGUUAUGUAGACAGACAGUCUGAGCGGAGCUUAUGUCAGACCUGUUAUGUAGAAAGCCAGCCUAAGCAGAGCUUGUGUUAGACCUGUUAUGUAGACAGACAGUCUGAGCGGAGCUUAUGUCAGACCUGUUAUGUAGAAAGCCAGCCUAAGCAGAGCUUAUGUCAGACUUGUUAUGUAGACAGACAGUCUGAGAGGAGCUUAUGUCAGACCUGUUAUGUAGAAAGCCAGCCUAAGCAGAGCUUGUGUUAGACCUAUCAUGUAGACAGACAGUCUGAGCGGAGCUUAUGUCAGAACUGUAUGUAGGUGGCGAGACUGAAUAAUUGUUUAUAUAUGUUGUCUUGCCUUUUUCUAUCCAGCUGGAUGGUGUUCUGCAUAAAUUAUAUAGUGAAACCUCUCUAUUAAGACCAUCUUACUGCGCAGGUGGUGAUCAUAGUCAGGUUUCACUAGAUGUGAUAUUAGACUUGUUACUGUUUUAAUCUAUGAAACUUUGUAGUGAACUUUUACUCUUCGAAAAUAUACCAUUAUGAAUAUUGCAUAGUCUUUUACCCCUCAUUUUCAAACUUGUAUUUUAUCUUUUAUUUGUUUUAUUAUUAUUUGAGAAUUUUUUUGCAUAAUAUAUUCUGUACCUGGAUGUGAAUGAACGGUUGUGGUCUGCCAGAUAGGAAGUUUUACCGCACAAAAGAUAGUUAUGUAUGUGUACGUUUUUUUUUUUUAAUGGACACGUCUUAGAGAGUUGAGAGUUGGUAAACCUUUAUUUACUGCUGGUAGACAAGAUCAAGUAUGGUUGUUGGUACUUCCUCAAAUAAGUGGAGUCACCACUUUUGACAGUUUAAUUUUCAUACAAAUAUUUCAGAUCACUUAGUGAAGAAAUUGUAAUACAAUAGAUUUGUACAGUAGAUUCCACAUAAGCAUGAAAAAAUCAAAUUGUUCAGAAUUCUUUUUAACCAGUGUCUGGAUCCAUUAAGACUAGUAUGUUAUACAUCUGUUCUGCUAAAUUUGUCACUAGAAACUGAAAAUAAUUUGACAGUUAAUUUGUAGUGUAGAUACCACAGAAGCAUAAACAAAUUGAAUUGUUCAGAUUUCUUUUUAACCAGUGUCUGGGUUCAUUAAGACUGGUAUGUUAUACAUCUGUUCUGCUAAAUUUGUCACUAGAAUAAUUUUACUAUGUAUUUAUUGUAUCACAAAUUCAAACUCAUCGUACACCUUACAUGGAAAUAAUUUUUCCAUAAUCCUUUAUCGAGUUAAUGAUGAUUUCCUACAUCAUCUACCAUGAAUUUAUCCUUAUCUAUAAGUAAGACAAACAUUUUUUUUAUGUACGUUACAGUUGAUAUAUCAUCUAUCAAAGACUCACUCUUAAAAUAUUAUACCUAGAUUAUUACAAAUAUGAUAUCAAUGGAAAUUCUACAUUACAAUAUGCAACAAGAGCCUAGUAUUCACAACGUCCAUAAUAUUAUCUUAUAGCCUUGAAAUGUGAGUCAGACUUAUGUAUAAGUAUUUCUCAAUUUAACAGUGCAUACUUAAUAUAUACUUAUGUGUUUAUUGCAGCUGACUACGUAUUUUAAUCCGAUGUAGAUCAUUUUAAGGUUUAAUUUAAUUUUGAAAAUAUUUUUAAAUUCUAUAUUUUAUUUGUUUGUGUACAAUGUAUUCAUAUGAUUUUGCAUGCAUUAUUUUAUGUUAAUUCAAUAUUUGUAUGUUAAAACUUCAGUACGGUGCUUCUAUCCAUCUCUUAUCUAGAACGUGGAGCGUGUUGGUUCCUUUGUUUGUGUAGCAGUUAUCAAUUAACAUCAGUUCAUUGUUGUAAUUAAUUGUUGAAAAUCAUCAGGAUUAACCUCAAAGGUAUUAGUUCUCAUUCUCAUUUGUCGUGAUAACGGAAAGUGUCCCAAUAAACAGAAUUUCUACGAUUAAAAUUAAAAUGUCGUUGUUUUGCAACAGUGAAAAAAUUUCAACUUGUAUUAAUCACUGUUGGUCUGGAGGCUUAGAUGUCAAACAGUUAAAUUUUUUAAUACAAUUUCAAAGAUUAAAGCAAACCAUUACCCUGUUAUAUGGUUUUACAUUAAGUCUGUCAGUCCUUCCGCACAUUAUAUUGUCUUAUCUCCUAUGCUUGACAUUAUACCUGGGGCAUGGGUUCACCUGGGUAAGGCAGUGUGUAAUGUGUCAAAUGUAGGUCACUCUGACCUAUAUUUUGACCAUUGACCUACAUAAAAAAAAAACCAGUUGUCUAGACACUGAAGCUUCAUACUUGGGUCAUUGGCUCACCUAGGUGAGCUGGUGUGUUGUGUCAAAUAUAGGUCACUCUGACCUACAUUUUGACAUUUGAUCUUCCAAAGGCCCUAUACUACUAGUCACUAGAACUUCAUACUUUGGGUAUAGGUUCAACUUAUUUAUUACAAUUUUAUCAUACUUGUAUAUGCAUUCUUGGCAUAUAAUUUCACAUACAGUGUGGGACUAUAAUUCACUAAAGUGUUGUAUUACUUUGAUUUUAUGCUUGAAAAAACAUAUUUGUCCCGCAAGGUAUCAACACCACUACAAGGGCAUAUGUAAAUUUGAACCAGGUUAUGUUGAGCAAGAAGGCAUGCUUAAGGAAUAUAGCCAGUAUUUUCUAAUAACAAUCAAAUUCAUAAAAAAUAAUGUACUUUAUCAUGUUUGUUUAUCAAAUAAGUUAUAAACAUAAGCAAUAUUGGACCUUAUAUAGCUAUAUUUCUGACUUUUAACCUUGUAUUUAAAAGACUUAUUUAAGGUGAAAUCUUUUAAAUGGUUCAGUUUAUUUUGGUGGCUUUAAUUUCCUAUUAACAGCCAGGGUCAUUUAAGGACGGGCCAGGUUUUGGAGGUGGAGGAAAGCCGGAGUACCCGGAGAAAAACCACCAGCCUUAACCACUCAGCCACUGCAACUUCUAAAAAAAAUUAUCAAUAGUAUAUUAUUAUUACAUUUAAAGGGGACAUUUUAUUCAUAUAGCAUGACUUUUUGUGUCUCUAUAUGUGUAUAAACAUGUAUUUGUGUAACUAUGUUGUCCUACGAUAACUAUUCACAUUUUUAUGUAAUAAUCAUAUUUCAAAAACCAUUUGUCAUCUUAAUCAUUCAUCUUAACUACUGCAAAAUAUACUCAAUAUUACAUGUGCAGUAUUUGUGGACCUUUCCGGCCAUGUCAACAUUACUUAGUUUUUUCAAAUUUUCAAUUGUACUUACUAUACAAUGUAUCUUCAAUAUUAUGAGAAAUAUCGACGCAAAAAAGAAUUAGAGUUCAUGUUCUAUAUUUACUUGUCACCUAGCCCAGUGUUCAUUGAUAAAUUCAGACUGAAGUAUUAAAUUCACAGUAUUGUCAAGUUCACUUCCAUAUCAAAAUGUAUUUUUUAUACUAGGCCGUUUUCGCUUUUGCAGUCCAAACAGUUGGACAAGUGUUGUUCAUUUAUGAAAUAAAGACGGACCUGGUGAUUUUAUAUUGUUUUCACACAAGCCUUGACAAAGACUUCCAAUGCCUGUAUUAACAUUUGCAGGUCAAGAUAUAUGAUUGAAAUAUAACAUUUAAAAACUGACGAACCGGUUUGUCCGCAUAUAAACGAACAGGUCCCUAGUCUAUGUCCAGCUUUUGGAUACAAUGUACGGGCUUUUCUAUCAAAUUUAGGCAGGUUUCUUCAUAAAUUAUUAUUUGAACUAAUACUUGAAAUCUGGAUUUAAAUCUGACUUUUUCAUCUGCCACAAGAUAAUGGAGAAGUCUUAGAAUUCUUGGUUUCAAUUUAGGUAGUUGAUAAAAUAAAUUACAUGGAUGUGAAAUUACAUGGUUAAUACACAUGUAGAACUCAAAUAUAAAACAAAAUGUAAUUUGAAGUUUUAUAUAAAUUAAUGCGUAGUCUUAGGCAUUGGAAAUUAGACCUACAAAAAGACAGAAUAAUUUUAUGUAAGAAAAUAUCUUUGUUCCUGUUGGAGAAUUGUGUUCAAUUCCAUAGUGUUCACCAAUAUGAGUAUCAAAAGGUUUCACUGAUCAUGAGUUCAGUUACACAGAGGUGUUGAGAGAAGCUUUCUGGGGUAUAGAAUAGUAGGGAAUGCUUAUAAACAUGAACAAAAGAGAGAGAAUCAAGGUAGUUUUAUUUGCUUUCUCUUUGAUCAACUUUACCGCUAAUGUCCUCAUCAUUUUGGUAUACAAGUGUUAAGUGUUAGGGUACUAUAUUGUAAAGUCAAAUCCACUAAAAGGAAAAUCUUAUUGAAGUUAUUUACACCGAGCUUCCUACCUCAAAUCAAAGUAUUAAUUUCUAUCUUCCCUGUGACAUCAUUCUUUGUUUUGCCUUUCAUUGCAGAACAUUCAUGUAAAAUGCAAGUACACAGACGGAGUAAAUAAAUUUAUUGAUAUUUUCACGUGCCCAGAUCUUUGUUUUUAGCUUUAAUGUCUUUUAAUUUUGCCAAAGAAAAUUUCUUAUUUUAAUUUAUAGAUUUUUUAUUCUUCUUUUUUGAAAACGAUUUGCUUAAUUAUUUUGCCUGCACGAUUGAGGAAUUGUCAUACCUGUACAUAUUAUUGGAAAACGGCCUGACAAGGUGAUUUUGUUGGUUUUUAUUUUGUAAUUGCUCUUUGUUGUGAUCACAGACUUAAACAACUUCAUGUAUAUAUUUAUAAAUAUAUAAAUUUAUGAAUUUUUGGGGGCACAUCACUGCCUUAUUUUAAUUAGAUGUUAGCUAAAUGCAUUGUACUUUACUAUACCUAGUAUUACCCUAAGUUGAUAUUUCUUUAAUUUUCUGUUGAUAACUUUUGUAUUUUGAUUUAAAGAUAAAAAUAGAGAACUAAAAUUGAAGAACCUUUUGCCUGAUUCUAUUUAAUUAGGUUAUCCGAGACAAAAUAUCAAGUGACCUAUUCUAAUCGUCUUGUCUGUCGUCCGUUGUGCACCGUAAACAAUUUACAUUUUCAACAACUUCUCAGAAACCCCUGAAUCAAUUUUAAUAUUUUGCAGUAAUCUUUCAUGGCCAAAGUCAACCAAAAUUGUGAAUUAUUUGGUCCCCAACCCGAAAGGACUUUGGGAUGGGGCAAAAAGGGGUCCGAUUAAAAAUUUAAAAAUUUCUCAAGACCCAAAUAAGGUAAAAUCAAAUUCUGUUCAUAGAUGGAAGGGUCCCAAAGUGCUUAACCAAAAAUUGUGAAUUUCAUGACCCUUAGGUCUCAUGUUUACCCCUGGGAAUGGGAUAAAAACAAACUUACUAUAGUUUAUAUGGGGAAAUCACAUUUUCGAGCAUCAUUUGUUGAUUUGCCAUUGAAAGUGACUGACCCUUAGGGGCUGAAGAGUCAAAUGGACUUUAAUUACAACUCGGGUGACUUUUAAGGCUCAUGCGUCUCUUUUGUUUUCUAUUUACGAUAUUAUUUAUGGUUUUUAAAUAUGUAUAUACUGAAUUCAAAAUGUAUUAUCCUUUCAUAAAUGAACUCGCCCCACUCUCCAUCCCCAUAAUUAAAGUAUAAGUUAAAGCAGCGAAACGAAAAACAAGUACCCAAGUUAUAUUAUGUUAGUUUCAAGUAAUCGAAGUUAUCUCCCUUGGAUCGUUGUAGAUUAUGUUAUUAAAUCAACCUGCUGUUGUUUUCAUCAUAUAGUAUUUAAAUAUACUCCAAGGAUUAAUCAAUGUAUACAUGUUCUGUGUCAUAAGUGAGGAACAUAACCACAAAAAUAGCUAGCCUGCACAUUAGUUUUGCAUCUUUUGAACUACCUCAAUUUUGUAAAAUUAUCAAAAUCCACAAGCAAACAUUGCCUAGGUUAAGUGAUUCCCAGACGUUAGAUUUAGAAAAAAGUGAUUUUUUUGUUUGAUUAACCACAGUAUUGCUCGACAAUUCACUUUGGAAGCCAGUUUUUAGAGAAUGCCCUAUUACAUUUUAAUGUACAGUGAAUUAAGGUAGAAUUAUGAUGUAUCGGAAUUACAGACAGUAUUCAUUGUACUUGGUCAUUAACAUAAGCCCAUCUUAUUAUAAGGGACAUCUAUCAUUCUGGUAUUCUUCAUAUACAGUAUUCUAUGAUAGUAUGUUAAAUGUCACGAACUAUCCUGCUAAAGUCAGCUGCAUUUAUGUAGUUUACAAUGUCAUAAAUGCCAUUUCCAGUCUUUGGUUUCCGUAAUGUAACCAUAUUCGUGUCUAGUGUUCUCCUUCAGGGGCGUUGUAGCUGUAAGAAGCAGCAAUGAGUCUGUGAAUAUAUUACUGCAUGUGGUCCUUAUCCCAGAUCUGUGUAGAUUUUAAUGCUGACGUGUGUGUGCGGAAGUUAUUGUAUGAUACUUAUGUCCAGGUUUGGAACCAAUAAAAGCUGUUACUGUGCAA